CCAGCCCAGCCUGAUUUACUCCCGCUGUCUUGCAGAGCAUGCUCACCGGCUUGAUGUACUCCCGCCCCGAGGACCCCAUCAGCUAUCUGGAGUGCUGCUUACAGAAAGUCCGGGAGCUGGGUGGCCCCGAGAAGGUGCAGUGGGACACUUUCCUGGGCCCGGAGCGGCACCCCUUCCCCCCACUCAGUGGUGGGCAGGGGAAGAAGCCCUUUUUCCAGCCAGACCCUGGUGUGGGGCCAUGCCACUGGUGCCUGCAGGUGCCUGCCUGUGGGUGCCUGCCACCCAUCCAGAGCCAGUUCUCCAUCGAGAGUGACUCCGACAUGACAGAGUCCACUGGGCUGAUCCAGGAGUACGACGUGUUUGACCCCAGCAGACCCCGCCCCAAAAUCAUCUUUGUUAUUGGUGGCCCUGGCAGUGGGAAGGGCACGCAGAGUGCCAAGAUCGCUGCCCACUUCGGGCUCAUCUGCAUCUCCGUAGGCGAGAUCCUGCGCAGUCAGAUGCUCCACCAUGCCACCAGUGACCGGAAGUGGGAGCUCAUCGCCCAGAUCAUUGCCAACGGGGAGCUGGCCCCACCUGAAACCACCAUUGAGGAGCUGAAGCAGCAGUUCCUCAAGCAGCAGGAUGCCAGAGGCUUUGUGGUGGACGGUUUUCCCCGGGAGAUAGGGCAGGCCUUCACAUUCGAGGAGCAGAUCGGCUCCCCGGACCUGGUGGUGUUCCUGGCAUGCUCAAGCCAGCGUUUCCGGCAGCGCCUGGAGAAGCGGGCAUUGGAGCAGGGCCGGCUGGAUGAUAAUCCCCACGCCAUCGAGCGGAGGGUGGACACCUUCAAGCAGAAUGUCCCACUGAUUGUGAAAUACUAUCAGGAGAAGGGAGUCGUCAUCCGGUUCGAUGCAGACAGAGAGGAAGAUGAUAUAUUUGCUGACAUCAGCUCCGUGGUCCAGGCACAGCUUUACCCAGAUGGCAUGGACAAGGCAGGGUCUCUGCCACGGGCUGAGCUAGACUCACCCUACAGUGCCUCUGCAGAAGGCCAGCAGGAGGAGGAGGAGGGCGAGGAAGGGCAGCCUGAAGAUCUUUGCCCAGCUCCCCUCAGGAUGGCAACAGAAAAGCUGAAGAACCACAAGAUCAUCUUCGUGGUGGGUGGGCCCGGCUCAGGAAAAGGGACCCAAUGUGAAAAAAUUGUCGAGAAGUAUGGGUACACCCACCUGUCCACCGGCGACCUGCUAAGGGCAGAGGUUGGCUCCGGCUCUGAGAGGGGGAAGAAGCUUUCAGCCAUCAUGGAGAAAGGAGAGUUGGUGCCCCUGGACACAGUGCUCGAUAUGCUGAGGGAUGCCAUGGUGGCCAAGGCAGAUGUUUCCAAAGGGUUCCUGAUUGACGGCUACCCCCGAGAGGUGAAGCAAGGCGAGGAGUUCGAGAAGAAGAUCGGGCCCCCAACACUGCUGCUGUAUGUGGACGCUGGGAAAGACACCAUGGUCAAGCGCCUGCUGAAGCGGGGGGAGACCAGCGGUCGGGCAGAUGACAAUGAGGAGACGAUUAAGAUGCGCCUGGAGACCUACUACAAAGCUACGGAGCCGGUCAUUGCCUUCUAUGAGAGCAGAGGGAUUGUUCGGAAGCUGAACGCAGAAGGCACUGUGGACGACGUCUUCAAACAGGUCUGCACUCAUCUGGACACCUUGAAGUAAAGUGGGAAGGGGCCCUGCCUCCCCCCAGCCUCCCCUCUCACUCUCCUUCCCCCCAGAGAGCACUACAGACCCCCUUGCACUGUACUCAGAGCUGAGCCACGGCCCCCCCGCCCCCAGCACAGAGAGCCAGUGAGCAUCUUCUCCCGCCCUGUCUCUCAUUCCAGCUCAAUGGCAGAGACAGCGGAAGUGGCUUUAUCCUGUUUUCAUGGACAGAGCCCCAAGGAGGAAAUUUCAAGGACAUUGUGUUUGGCUCCUUCCCCUCUCCCUGCAGUAAAGUUCACUUGAAUGAGCCCAGACUUUAUCUUUUUCUUCUGCAGCAGGAAAUGAGUUUUUCUUUCCAGAUAUUUUACACCCCCCCCCGGCCCCUUCCACCCCUCCCUGAGGUUGAUUAAGGGCAGGAAGUAGCCUGUUUAUCCCACUCGACAGCACCAGCAGGAGGAGAGGGAACUGCUUCAGGACGGGGCAGGCGUGUGUGGGUGGGGUGGAUGCUCCGACAAGGCAGGCAGUUUGCAUGAGCUUUCAUGUCGUGGAUUUUUGAAUGAAGCACAGAGAAAUCCUCACUGGAGCCAGGUCUGAGUGAGACCCUCCCAGUCCACAGACAUGCAGUAGCAUAGACACUGCUUGGCCCUCAAUCCACACUGCUCCCCACAAUGGAUGGGGGAGACAGCGGUUAGCCAUGGCUGGGAUGACUCCACUGUGAAGCAUCCUUUUGCCCCCCUGUCUCUUCCACUGCCCACUGCAGUGUAGCCUGCCUGGAACCAGGACUUGCCAGCACUGCCAGCAAGGGGCAGGGGCCAGAAAAAUCCCUGCCCUCAGUCACAAGGGCACAGUCUGACCAGGAGCCUGGUUGCCCUGAGGCUUUGAUGCAUCCCCUGUCUCCAGGGCAGGUGCUUGAGGCUGAAGUGUGUCUCCGCUGAAAGCCCUUCUCUGCCUGCUUUUGCACCCCCUUCUCAUGGCUUCUGAGUGCUCUGUGGGUUGGCCGGCUCCUCUCAGCACCAUGCCGAAUUAAACACUGUGCCUCCUUCUGUCUCUGUCUUACUGAGCUUUUUACUGACACCAACCCAUGAGAAUCUCUUAUGCUCCCCACUCUCACACCCAGGAGUUUCUCUUACAUUCCCUCUGUCAAAUACAUGUGCACAAGAGUCUUAUGUCUCUCCUUCCUUACACACACAGAGGAGUUUCUCAUGCUCCCUCACACACACACACACAGUCUUCCUCUCCCUCUCAUGCAUUUUAGUUCUAACUCUUCCUCCGGUUUUAUUUUUUUGGUUGUUUUUUUUUUUUUCUAACAAUGGUGAAAACCAUGAGUACUUACAAAGAAAAAAUCUUCCCAACCCCCAAGUCUUAACGGUGGCAGGGUGCACCUGCUGCCCGAAUGUACAGCACCACGUUGUUAUUAAAAAGAGUGGCUGAAACCUGG